AAAGUACUUUUUUUAGAAAAAAGAAUUAACUGAAUCGAGACCCAGAGUACUUGUUAUAUCUCCUCUCUCCUCCGGCCUCCGUUUUUCGCCUCGCCGCAGCUAACAAGGUGAUUUUUCAUUUUGUCGUUGUACAAACCCAAAUGGCCUUACUGUUCAAGGAUCCAAACAAGAUCUCUGCGUAUAGGGAUAGAAGGUUUCAAGGUUCACAAGAAGAAUUUGAGCAUGCUCUCCUGACUUCAACAACUGUUUAUGUUGGCAACAUGUCUUUCUACACAACUGAAGAACAAGCAUACGAACUGUUCUCUCGAGCUGGAGAAAUCAAAAAAAUCGUAAUGGGAUUAGAUAAGAACACUAAAACUCCUUGUGGUUUUUGCUUUAUUAUGUACUAUUCUAGAGAUGAUGCUGAAGAUGCUGUUAAAUAUAUAAGUGGGACAAUACUUGAUGAUCGACCUAUUCGUGUGGAUUUUGAUUGGGGUUUUCAAGAAGGAAGACAAUGGGGACGUGGUCGAAGUGGUGGCCAGGUGCGCGAUGAAUAUCGCACUGACUAUGAUCCUGGCAGAGGUGGUUAUGGAAAAUUAGUUCAGAAGGAGCUGGAAGCACAAAGGGAACUAGUAGAUUACGGUGUAGGGUCUCUGGGCUCUUUUCCACCUGUUAUGCCAUCUAAUUAUGGUAGAAACAGUGGAAGACAGGGCUAUGGCGGUUCUAGUCGACAAGGUAGAGGAGAUUAUCAGCGGAAGAGACAUCGGGAAGAUGACCGUUUUGGACCAGAGAUCACCAAAAGAACUUCAGAUCAUGAUUCUCGUAGAAAUUCUGAUCAUGACUCCAGACCGGAAAAGAAUCCACGUUUCCGAGAAAGUGGUGACCAGGAAAAGAAUCCACGUUUCCGUGAAAGUGGCGAUUCUGACGAGGAUGAAGACGAUCGGAAAAGACGCCCUUAGCUGGGUCCAAAGUACUGACUUAUGCAGCAUAUCAAUCCUUUGUUUAAAGCCAGAAAUUACUAUUAUAGAUUUGCUUGUAAUGUGGGGCACAUAAUAUUGUAUCUCAGGAAAAUAUUUCAUUGCAUUUGUUUCUCCUAUUUCUAAUGUGCAUCUUAGGACAGUAGGGCGUUGCUGUUGUUUCUCAAAAUUAUAGGAAUUGCCUAGAUUGUUGGGAUCCUCAAUUUUCCUAAACUUCAUCAGGAUCUAAUGCUUAUAAAGUAUUCGACUCCA